CAUAGUCCUUGUUCAAUUCAUCUCCAGCUAUUGACAUAACACGGUUCAGACCUAUCGAAUGCAUAUUAUUAUCUCUCGGUACCUUCACCAACUCCAACUCUGCGUCAAGCGCAAAGCCCCUUCCAUUGCCAAUACUCUCCAUGCGCAGAUCAUCAAGAUUGGCCUUCACCAAUGUGGCCCCUUGCCCAACACUCUCCUUGACGCGUACGGCAAAUGUGGGCAGAACGAAGAUGCCGUUCAGAUGUUCGAAGAAAUGCCCCAAAGAGACUAUGUCUCUUGGGCCUCGAUCCUUACUGCCUACAACCAAGCCAACCUACCUGGCAAGACUCUCUCUGUAUUUCCUUCCAUGUUCGUGCUUGAUAGGCUGCAACCUGAUCAUUUUGUGUUUGCUAGCCUCGUUAAGGCCUGUUCUAGCUUGGGGGCUUUGAGGCAAGGCCAGCAAGUGCAUGCCCGCUUUUUUUUGUCGCCUUUUAGUGAGGAUGAUGUUGUUAAGUCUUCAUUGGUUGACAUGUAUGCAAAAUGUGGAUUGCCGGAUAUUGCUCGCUUGGUUUUUGAUUCGAUUUCAGCGAAAAAUCCUGUUUCCUGGACAGCCAUGAUAUCUGGGUAUUCUAGAAGUGGGCGGAAAGCGGAGGCCAUUUCACUAUUUUCGGGAGCUCCAGUUAGGAAUUUGUUUUCAUGGACAGCUUUGAUAUCAGGGUUUGUGCAGAGUGGUAAUGGAAUUGAUGCAUCCAAUUUGUUUAUCGAAAUGCGGAGAGAAGGUGUUGAUAUUGUAGACCCCUUAGUUCUUUCGAGCGUUAUAGGCGCUUGUGCUAAUUUAGCGACGACGGGGCUGGGAAAGCAGAUUCAUGGUCUAGUUAUUGCCCUUGGCUUUGAGUCUUGUUUGUUUAUAAGUAAUGCCCUAGUUGAUAUGUAUGCCAAAUGUAGUGAUAUAGCAGCAGCCAAUUGCAUUUUUGACUGCAUACAACGUAGAGAUGUUGUUUCAUGGACUUCUAUAAUAGUUGGUGCUGCUCAGCAUGGUCGUGCUGAAGAGGCAUUGGCUAGAUACAAGGACAUGAUUUCGGCUGGAAUAAAGCCAAAUGAAGUGACCUUUGUUGGAUUAAUUUAUGCUUGUAGCCAUUCUGGGUUAGUUGGCAAAGGGCGUGAACUUUUCAAAUCAAUGAAAGAGGAUUAUGGGAUAAGACCUUCAUUGCAACAUUACACGUGCUUGUUGGAUCUUCUUAGUAGAUCCGGGCAUCUCGAUGAGGCACAUAAUCUCAUUAAGUCAAUGCCGUUUGAGCCUGAUGAACCGACAUGGGCAGCUUUAUUAAGUGCUUGCAAGCACCAUGGUAAAAUCCAAAUGGGAAUCAAGGUUGCCGAUCAUCUAUUGUCAUUGAAACCUGUUGAUCCUUCAACCUAUAUACUGUUGUCUAAUGUUUAUGCUGGUGCUGCUAAGUGGGAGAGUGUAUCAAAAGUUAGAAAAUUGAUUGAAGUUAUGGAAAUCAAGAAGGAACCAGGUUACAGUUGCAUUGAUCUUGGAAAGGAGCACCAAGUAUUUCAUGCUGGAGAGACAUCUCAUCCUAUGAAGGAAGAAAUAUUUGGUUUGCUCAAGGAGUUAGAAGCAGAGAUGAGAAAGAGAGGUUAUGUUCCUGAUACAAGCUUUGUUUUGCAUGACAUGGAGGAGCAAGAGAAGGAAAGACAGCUUUUCUGGCAUAGUGAGAGAUUGGCAUUGGCGUAUGGAUUGCUUAAUGCUGUGCCAGGGACAGUUAUACGAAUAGUAAAGAACGUUCGUGUUUGUGGAGAUUGUCAUAAUGUUCUGAAAUUUGUUAGUGAUAUUGUGAAGAGGGAAAUUGUUGUAAGAGAUGCCACAAGAUACCAUCAUUUUAGGGAGGGGAGAUGCUCUUGCAGUGAAUUCUGGUGAUUAUAACUUAUGGGGAUUUACUUGGAAAGUCUCCCUUGCUACUACUGAGAGUGGAUUGCAAAGUUGAAGGAUGAUUUUGUGUGGCCCAAUCAGAUGCUUUGGUGAAGGUUCUCAAGGUAGUUCUCCUCCAUUUUGACUUCUAUGUACAUUUUAAGAUCUCUACAUCUGAGCUAUUUCACAGACAUGGAGUAAAUAUGAGAUGCCCCUAGUUCAGCAUUAUUGACAAUAUUGUCCAGAUCAGAACCCUCGAUCUAAUUUUUCAUUGUUUGUCAUCCGAGGAAGAUCCAGCCAAAACAAUUCAAGUUUUGGCGAAAGAAAACAUUGUGGACUAUGUAUUUGAAAUUCUGAGAUUGGCAGAAUGAAAGGAUCCGAUGGUCAACUCUUGCCUCCAGGUUCUUAAUCUAUUUUCAGCUGCUGAGCAAGCCUUCCGACAGAGGAUGGUUGUUGGAUUUACAUCUCUGAUUCCAGUUUUGCAUUAUGCAACUCAAAUUCCUUUUCAUCCUGCUCAAAGUCAAACACUAAAGCUCAUAUGUAACUGUGUUUCUUAUUUCCCUGGGGUUGUGUCACCUUCUCAUAUGGAGGAACUAGUUCUGUUUUUGGCAAGAAUGUUUGGUAGGCACACUGAGGGAGAAAUAGGCAUGCUUCCAGAAACAUUCAUAUUGGCCUGCACAACUUUUGCAGCUCUUCUAAAAACCGCAUCUUCUUGUGGGAUUUUAAAACUGGUACUAUCAGUUGAAGAAGCAUCAAAGCAUGCCCUUUUAUCUUGUCUAAGUACCUUCAAAAGAGAUUCUAAUCAAUUUUUGCAUUCCUUGUACUUACUUAAAGAGGCAUACGCAUACAGUUUGAGAAAGCUCUCCUCCAGCAACCCCAGUAACAUGGAACUUUGUGAUUGUAUGAUGGAUAUAUGCACUUCACAGUUAUUACCUUGGUUUGUGACAGUUCUCAAUGAAAUGGACGAGGAAAGCGUCCUAGGUGUAUUGGAAACUUUUAAUUUUAUACUGCUGCAGAGUUCAGAUUCCCAGGCCACAAAGUGGGCAAAUAUCCUGGUUUCAGCUUGUCCUUUGGAUGUGUAGGGUUAUUCCCAACAGAAAAGACAAAAUUAAGGACAUAUCUAAUGCUCAGUUCACUUGUUGAUGUUCUUCUUGGUCAAAACAUUGGUAAACCCAUCAGAGAUGCUGCUCUGUAUCUUCCAUCUGAUCCUGUUGAUUUGCUAUUUCUGCUAGGGCAGCAAAGAUCCCUUGAUAUGGGAUUCUCUUCUUGUCAAUUAGCAGCUUUGCUGAUGAUAGGCUUGCAGAUGAGAAGCUGGUUUUAUCUUCCUUGGAACAGUUUAUUCUUGUAAAUGGUAGUGACUUUCUACAUGGAAUUGAUUCUUUGAUGAUGAUGCAACUGGUAAAUCUUUUUGGUUUCUAUCGAGGUGUUGGGAUGAUGAAUAACUGAAUUCCCUAUAGUCCAGAAGCUGAGAGGAUUAUGUUCCAUCUGUUGACUGAAAAAGAAUGAGAUUUGUCUUCCUGCAUAAUUCACUUUGUAGUUGGUAUCACUAAAAUGGUUGUUUCAAAAAGAAAAAAAAAUCAGCAAGCAACUGUCUUCUCAAAUCCUGAAAUUCUGCAGACUCAAUAGCGGAAAUAGUGCUGACAUCAUUGUCCAAACGAAACAUAGCCAGACUUUUGAUGUUGACAUUAUUGAAGAGUUGGUGAUAGCAGGGGAUAACUAUGUAGCACCGCUUUUCAGCAAACUGAUUGGGCCUCUCAACUUUAGUAGUUGAUGGAUUUCUUGAUUACAACACUGGAUGUGGAAGGCUGGACUUGUAAAGGUCCGCAAGUAAUUGGUAUCCUUUCCCUUGUUUUGCACCACUCAACAAACAAAGUCCUUCUAGAGGCUUCAAAAGCGCCAUUAUUUUCAAUACCACCUUGAUCACUUCAAUCAACAGCAUGAUUCGUACAGCCUGCUCAAAGGGACUUGCAUUGGUCGAUUGCGACGAGAAGACAGGCAUGGGGGAAACUCUGAUAUAUGUGCUUUUACUAUUCUACUUCUCUCUAAGAAGUUUGCAUGCAGUUCUACCAGAGUUUGUCGACUGGCACCAUUUCAUGGACGGCUCAAAUCUGAUGCAGCAACUUUCCACUAUCACCAUCCAAUGCGUUGAUUUGUGCAGGCUUAUGCAUUUUGGGCCUCCUACAGCGAAGCUUGUUGCUUCAUACUGCGUGCUAGAAAUAUUUACCAGACUAACUGAACAAAUAAAUAGGAAACAUGAAGAGUUAGAACUUAGAAUGUUCAAUGGAUUAUCAAAUUUCUACGAUGGCUAUACUAGAUAAGUAGAAGGCCUAGUUUUCCAGUGACAUCAGAGUGGGUAGGAACUGUCCCCUCUGCCUCUCAAUGAUAAUAGGGUGGGGAAAAACUGGAAAUGAAGGAGACUAGAUUCAUUGCAAAGAAUAGGUGAUGCAAGUUAAUAGUAGAGGAGAUGGCAAUGUCUUUGGCAGUUCCAUACUUAGCUUAUAAGUCUUUCACGAAUCAUCACAAAUCCGUUGUUCACAUAACUGUUGCAUUGCUAAAGCUUCAGAAGGUGCCUGAGGUUGGUGUUUAAUGUUUGCUGCAUAUCCAAUAUAAUUGACAAUCUUUCAGCUA